AUGGCCCGCGCCUUCUCCGCCGCCGCCCGCGCCCCGCGCCUCCUCCACGCUGCGCUGCUGCUGCUGCUCCUAGUGGCCGCCUGCCAGCGCGCUGCAGGGGCGCCGGUGGUCACAGAACUGCGAUGCCAGUGCCUGCAGACCGUCCAAGGAAUUCACUUCAAAAACAUCCAAAGCGUGAAGAUGACGCCCCCAGGACCUCAUUGCACCCAAACCCAAGUCAUAGCUACUCUCAAGAACGGACAGGAAGCUUGUCUCAACCCUGAAGCCCCCAUGGUUAAGAAAAUCAUCCAUAAGAUGCUAAACAAGGGCAGCACCAACUGACUUGGAAAGAAGUAAGAGGAUUUUCCUGGUGGCUCCUGCAGAGCAGACCCUAUCCUUAGAAGAGCUGGACAUGAAAGAGAAUAGCUGGUUCCUUG